CGCUUAGCUGCUGAAGUACCUGUUGGCCUUUAACUGUCUCCAUUAGAGGCCAGCUCUACAGCUCGGUCCCUGAGGUGGCCGCAUAUUUGUUGACUGACUAAGGAAUGUGGUUACGUGCCUUGGACAUUAGCUAUGACGGAGCUCUGGCUCCAUAGGAGAGGGAGGGUGCAAAGAAGAGGGGCAGGCUCCAGCCUCACGCAAGUGAGCUCAUUCACCCUCCAAGCUCGAGGAGAGCGAGUGGCGGCGUCAUCCUCCGUUGCAGAGAGAUCAGAAAGAGGAGGGAGGCAGAGGGAGGAGUUUUCGCGAGUGAGUGAGCGAAUGGGAGACGCGGAGAGCGGAGCCGCAGAACAAUAGUGCGCUGCUCUUCUUGCUGUGGACUCGUUGAGAAAGAGAGAGCCCUCACUAAGACACACAGAAGCUCUCAGACCAGCUGCAGGCGGAAUACAGCUGGCACAUUUGUGCUGGAAAAGGCACCCGUUUUGCUCUUGCGCUCUCAGUGGCCGACAUUCUGAACAAAACCACAGAGUUACUAACUAUUUACCCAAGAGCAUUUCUGGGAUUUUUGCAUUCACAUAGGAUUCUGGCCACAUGUGGACUUGUUUUAGGGCAAUUUGAGGUGCAGCAACAGAGAUACUCGGACUCAUGGGUUUUUCAUUUUUCCUGCACGUGGUCCAUGACUGAGGGUCAUUCCCAAGACUCCCGAACAGCUUACACAGCUAGUGUGUACUCUGACAUCAAAUUCAGAUUGAGCAAUCUUGGAAUUUCCACCUCCAUCAGCUUUCUAAGGAGGGCAUUUUCGCUCGAGACUCUUGCAAGGGGGUGGCUCCAUCCCUGAAGAAGUCGGAUUGUGUUCUUGGGGAUGCCACUUGAUGUGGUGAUAUCCCCUGCAGAGGAUCGUUUUUGGCCGGACCCGCACGACACUGAUAUGAGGCUGAAGAUCAGGGUCCGCAGGAUGAAGGAGGGCAGGGAGCUACGAGGAGGCUUUGCUGCUUUCUCCUCCUGCUUCCCCGGCCUGUGCGAAGGCAAGCCGGCCACUGCUCUUCCUAUGAGCUUGUCCCAGCCCUGCUUGCCAGUGGCAAAUGUCGGGCCCACUCGCAUCCUGCCACACCUUUACCUGGGCUCCCAGAAAGAUGUUCUCAACAAGGAUCUGAUGGCUCAGAAUGGUAUAACGUACGUACUAAAUGCCAGCAACACCUGCCCCAAGCCAGACUUCAUCAGCGAGAGCCACUUCAUGCGCAUCCCUGUCAACGACAACUACUGUGAGAAAUUGCUUCCUUGGCUGGACAAAACAAAUGAAUUCAUCGACAAAGCCAAGGUGUCAAACUGCAGAGUCAUUGUGCAUUGCCUGGCUGGAAUCUCGCGUUCAGCGACCAUUGCCAUUGCGUACAUCAUGAAGACAAUGGGCCUGUCAUCAGAUGAUGCCUACAGGUUUGUCAAGGACCGAAGACCCUCCAUAUCCCCCAACUUUAACUUCCUGGGCCAGCUGCUGGAGUUUGAGAAAGGCUUACGACUGCUCCAAGCGUUAACUUCAAGCUCUGAUGACCAGAGCCUUGAAGACCACUCAAAGCAGACUUCUGAGCUUAACAGUGUCAACGCGUGUUUCGAGAUGAACGGUCACCAUAGUAACUAUGACUCUUCUGUGGUAGAGCCACAAACCCCACCCGAGCCCAAGGCACCGUCACCCGCAUCCCUCCAGCAAGGCUUCAACGGCUUGCACCUCUCUGCGGAGAGGAUCAUGGACACGAAUCGUCUGAAACGCUCCUUCUCCUUGGACAUUAAAUCUGUGUACUCCCCAAACAGUCCACACUCUGCUGCCAUGGCACCAACGCACUCUGAAGAUGUCCCCAAGCUGUGCAAACUGGACAGCCCCGAAACAAGCACUUCCAAUGGCAUCUGCUCUCACUCUCCCAUCCUGAACAGUCCCUGCUCUUCUGACUCCCCCUUCCCAUCACCAGGCAGCAUGGGAAGCAUCGGAGGUUUGGGGCACGGAGCAAGCGAGGGGGUCCAUCGGCCUGCUUCUUCGGCAUCCAGACCCAGAAGGAAAGCCAAGCAUAGCUCUGGCAGUUCGCCGAUCCAUUUCCAGCAACUCCCGCCACAGUCCCUCAGCCUGUCUCUUGACCAUAAGGACGAGAACUUAAAAGGUUCCCUGCUUCUGGCGCUGCCCUCGGUGCCCUCCGUGGGUUCUGGGGCCAUGUGGACCAAACACAGAGACACUGUCCAGGCCACCACACCCGUGACUCCCACCACCGAUGCCCCCUGGCCCUUCGGGGCCGAGGAGGGGGGUGAGAUGGAGCUCGGCGGCGGAGGCGACAGCAAGGGAACCGAGUCGUCCGUGAGGUUCGGGAGCAGCUCAGCCUAUGUGGCGUUCGGUUGCAGCGAAAGUGUGCGGUUACGAGACAAACCUCAGAAGGAGAAGCCUCCGAUGCUGCAGCGAGAAAAGCGGGAAGAGCGGGUGAGCAACAGCAGCUCGGCCACAGAGAAGCAGUUUAAGCGCCGCAGCUGUCAGAUGGAAUUCGAGGAGAGCAUCUCGGAGACGCGUUCCCGGGAAGAACUGGGGAAGAUUGGGAAACAGUCGAGUUUCUCCGGGAGUCUUGAGAUCAUUGAAGUGUCCUGACAGAUAAUAGACGUUCACAUCACUGGCGGCAGAAAGAGACCUCUUUAGAAGGACUGUGUCUAUAUCACAGACAGUGUUCAAGACUCCCAACUGAGAGAUAGACAGGGACAUUGUGCUGCUUACCUGACCACAACCUUCUGAACUCUCUCGAGGCAGUGACUGGCGGACUGAAGGUACUGACCUUCUACGGUCAAAGGGCCCCAGUGCCUGCGUUAUGUUGCAUCCUUCUCAUUUAGAAUAACUUUGUUUUGACAUGGAGCGUGGACUCCAACCACCUGCCUGUGGUCAAGCGUAGAGUAGUUCCGAUGGUUAUAGAAGUGGUGAUCUGAACCAAGUGCCCCGUGUUACCCCAAAGCGUCCACCACUUCGGUGUCCAAAAGCCUCAAAACUUCAUACGCUCUUGUCCAGUCCGGUGCGAUUGUAAGUUCAUCUGCAUGAGUGGUGGCCUCGGAGGGCAUGUCACCGCAGCACAAGGCACGGCACUCGGGUCCCCUGAAUGCAGCCAGAACAAUGACAGGGCCUCAGCUCACCUCAACUUCCAGCAGUGACCCAAAAGCACAGUGACGCUGGCUCCCUCACUUCCAGUGUCAGCGGCGUCAUGGCACUGAGGUUUCAGGUCACGGGCCACCCUGCCAUUGCGCCAUGUCACCACUUGUGGUCACCGCUGAGCAUGCAUCAUGAAAGGUUGGCAACGAAAGACAAAUAACUAUAUAUACAAUAUGAAUAUACUGUGUAUGUAUAGUGACUCAAAAGGACUUUUAAUUUAUUGUUCAUUCUGGUAAUGAGAUAUAAUAUAAUGUUUUGUGGAUUGAUUUCAUUUUUCUUUUGUUGAAUUAUUAUUUGCUGUAUGGUAUUUAUGAACAUGUACAAAUACAUAGAUUCAUCGGAUUCAAGCAAGCAAUAUGUGCUGUUCCUUCUUUGGGGAGAGUGACGUAUGACUUGGAAAUGCACUUUUCUGCUUUCUGGUAACCAAGUUCUUUUGUGGGACGGCGCAGAGAAAGCUAGUGACAUCGAAAAGAAACAGCAGCAGAAGUCUGUGAUCAUGGCUUUAACACAUGAGCAUUUUGUGCAUGACAUCGAGGGGAGGGGGGGGCUGCUUAACAACAACUUUCUGCAGCAUACGCACAGUUUUGGAUAAACCAAUCACCCUCUCAAAGCUAGUUCCGGUGUUUCUCACCAAAGCUGAACCGAGCUCACACACCCUACACUGUAUGCACUUAUUUCUACACAGGCAAAGCUUCAGCCCUCACAUGGACACACACGCAAUCUUUUCCUUUCCUUCUCAGGGGAUCUUUCAGUGAGCCAAGCCCAGCACAUCAGCACAAAACAUGGACAUCUCUUACAUUUAUCGCUCUUAUUUCCCCUCAGACUUUGGGUAAAACCGUGGUGCGAGAUGCUUAUUUAUUCAUCGUGUAAAACGUGUUGUCUUUUGACCCAUGACUAGCAUUUGACCUUGUGCUGCUACAACUUCUGAUAGAUUCCUUUUGUUUGCCCGAGGCUCAAUCAAGCUCCUAAAUCCUUCCUCCAUGUUGUUUUUUAAAUUGUUGUUAGCAUUAUUUAUGAUAUGUAACAAAUAUGAUGCAGGCUGUCCCGUUUGCUAAAUCUGUUGUUAUUGAAUGAUUAUUAUUACUAUUAUUGGUAUUCUUAUUAUGAUUAAGUUGUAAAUAGCAACACAUGGAAGAACACUGAUGCAUUUUUAAAGGAAAAAUCCUGACACCUAGGAUGCUUGACGCUUAAAAAAAAAACAAUAAAAAAUACCUCAGGUUAUAUUGAAAGGCUUUUCCUUCCCCUGUACAUGUUUUGUGAAAAUGAGACAAAAUACAGACAUGACAAAAUACAAA